GACCGGCUCAACGUGACUCCCUUUCACUUGUAACUUCACUCACUUAUCAAUUCACACACCAAUUUUCUUCAACAUUCCGCCACACACACCAUUCUUGCCCUUUCUUUACUUCCUCCACAUCAUCAGCCUCAUCGACGAGCAAACAUUCAUUUGCUGACAGCGAUGGCAUAUCACAUGGUAUCUGCAUGUCCGCCUCAUCUCAUUCUGUCAAGCCAGCCUACUGAACUCUUGAACCGGUCUGUUAAGAAGAGAGUUCGCUUCCGAGACGAUCCGAACGUCACCAACCUCGAUGCUAGCAAUCACGGAUGUGACAUUUUGCCCAGCUAUGAGCAGGCGGUGAUGUCGGAUCAUGCUUUUCUGUUGCCAAUUCAGGAGUAUAAUCAGGGACACGACUGUUUGAAGUAUAUCAGUCCGUCACAGACUUGGACUGCUGACACGAAUUGCUCAAACAACAGCACUAUUGACGAACGUUAUCCGAAUGGUGUUGCCUGCGAGGACUGGGCUCAAAGCGGAAACAUCAAAUCUGAGGAACACAUUGGCAACGCUGUCGAAAUCGGAGAUAGUGACGAUGGCCACUCUGCAAUGCAGUCGCCAAUCAUCCUUGAACCAUAUGAUCCGACCGAAACGACCCUGAUCGAAGAUGUGAUCGACAGCAGACUGGCACUUCAAAAGGCACGAGCGGCAUUGACGGCCAGCAUGCGAAACCCCAAGGAUCACAUGUCGGACGAAGCUCACUUCAUGCUCGCUACCAUACUCAAACAACGUAACUUUGACGUCAGCGCAGCAAUGAAAGCUUUGGUUCUUUACAGACGACGCAAAGCUCGAAGUUUAACAAAUUCGGGUGUCAAUCCUGUCGUCGAGGGCAGACGUGCUCGUCAUGCUGUCCAACGGGCGGGCAAGAAGGGGAGUGACAUAUCCCGAAACUUCCUGCACGCUUUCAUACACCAUUCAGAUCAUUAGCCAGAAGAGCUAUUCACUCGUUGGUGGAAGCGUUGUUUGAUUGAUGCUGAAUGGCUUCUUAGCGCACUCGCCGCAUCCAUGACAAGACAUCAUUGCCACAACCUCGCCAGACGGAGACUCAGACAUCGACACAGGCCGAUUCCAACAUGCCCAUCCACGAAUUCGAGCGGCUGCAGCUCGUCGACCCUUCGGCAGUCAAGGCGGAGGACGUAGUCAUGUAUUUUUGAAAGGUUUGAAAGGCAUCUGGCUUGAGAAAAUUGGAAAGGUCAAAGAGACAUAGGAGCUUCUGGCUCUUCAAGGUCGGGCACAGGCAUCAAAUCUGCAAAGCUGACCCCAGGGCCGAUCGGUGCUGCGCAGGCGAGCAUGGGAAAAUGGCUCAUCAACGUGAAUUGCAUGAACAGCGUCAGGAGUCGGGUAGUCUUCAAUGAGAUCAUCGCUAUUGUAACAUCAUUGGGGACGAAAAUGCCUCA